AUGGCAAAUGGAACAGAAGCAACUCAAUCUCUCAGCAACUUAACGGACUUGUCUGCACCUGCAGGAUGGUGCGCUUACAAAACGGUCGAAGUGGUCUGCAUUGUGAUUGCUACAGGAGCAUUAAGUUUGGUGACUAUCAUUGGAAACAUUCUGGUCAUUGUUUCUAUCAAAAUAAACAGACAAUUACAAACUACUAACAACUACUUUAUUUUCAGCUUAGCCUGUGCUGAUUUGAUCAUUGGGGCAUUCUCUAUGAAUCUUUACACUAUUUAUACUGUAAAUGGAUACUGGCCUCUGGGUCCAGUGGUAUGUGAUUUAUGGCUUACUGUAGACUAUGUUGUCAGUAACGCCUCUGUUAUGAACCUCCUUAUCAUAAGCUUUGACCGCUACUUCUGUGUGACAAAACCCCUUAUCUACCCAGUGAAACGAACAACGAAGAUGGCAGGGAUGAUGGUUGCGGCUGCAUGGGUGUUGUCUUUUUUCCUGUGGGCUCCUGCCAUUCUCUUAUGGCAGUUCAUUGUAGGUGAGCGGGUUGUCGAAGAGGGCGAGUGUUACGUACAGUUCUUCUCAAAUCCACCUGUCACUUUUGGCACUGCUAUAAUUGCCUUUUAUAUCCCAGUUACCAUAAUGGCGAUUUUGUAUGUGUACAUAUCUCGUGCCAGCAAGAGUCGAAUGAAGGAUGAUAGAAAUCAUUCUGAAUUAUGUAAGGCAACUGUUACUCCAAGUGUAGUGAAUAGCAAAUUAAUGAAACCAAACCGCACCAAAACAACAAAUACUCUUGAUGAUUUGUUGGAGGUCAACAUGAAACCUGACACAAUAAGUAAUGGAACAUCAGGUGCCAGUUGGGUUCAAAGAAAAGCGGAGGCACUUUCCAGAGAAUCUGACUUACUCAACCUGGCGUCAUCAAAUGCGAACAAGGAAAACGCUACACAAACGGGCACCAAUUGCUUUACUGUAUUUCACAAUUUCAGGUCAGGCAACUUGACAUGCUCUUCAAUUUGCAGCAAAUUUCAAAAGAAUGAUGUCUGUGGCAUCAAGAAGCGAACAGUAUCAGGGUUAAACAUCAGGAAUAGGAAUGACAGAGAGAUAAGAACAACAAAUAACAUUGUUAAUGUGACCAGAACACAUGUUAAGAGGGCAAAGGGUGCUGUAUUACGAGAAAAGAAGGUAACUAGGACCAUUCUGGCUAUUCUCCUGGCCUUUAUAAUUACAUGGACUCCGUACAAUGUCAUGGUUCUCAUGGAUACCUUCUGCUUAAUCUGUGUCCCCAGCAUAGUUUGGAACAUCGGAUACUGGCUCUGUUAUAUCAAUAGUACACUAAAUCCUGCCUGCUAUGCAUUGUGCAAUAUGACCUUCAAGAAAACGUUCAAACAUCUUCUCCUGUGUCAGUGCAAGAAUAUAAGUGCAACAAAAUAA